CUCAGCCCUUUCUCAUGUUGCAGCCGCUCUCAGGUUACACUGCACUGUCUCACGCAUUUUGGGAAAUGAAGGUAUGUAGCAAGCUAAUGUCAAGGCUCGGCUCGGCUCGCCUCCCAUCUCCUCCGAUCUCACUGAGGAACAAUCCGGCACUGGGAAUGAGCGGCAUCCCGGCCAGCUGACGUGCUCCAGACGAGCUGCGCAUGUUAUUCCUGAAGUCAAGGCUGCUGGGAGGGAGGGACCUUCAGGAGUUGUUGAGUCGGAGCGAGUGAGCCACCAAAACACAAGUUGUGAAGUAAAAAGGAGGGACGAAUGUACGGGUCAAGCCACAUCUAGGAUUACAGAGAAUAGUGGAACUGUGUUUAACCUGUCUGCCCCGCGCGGGACAGGCAGAGGACGGGGUGCACGGGACGCAGGGGUACAGGGCAAGAUUAUGGGACAUGGAGCCAGCACUCAGACUUUAAACCCAAGCCUUGCCUACAUAACAGAUGAUGAAGUGGAUCACAGUGUCCCAGACAGUGAUGGAGCACCUCCAGGAGCAGGAACCCCUUCGGCCAAGGGCAAGGGCAAGUUCUCCAAUCUGGGCAAGAUCUUCAAACCCUGGAAGUGGAGGAAGAAGAAAAGCAGUGACAAGUUCAAGGAAACAUCAGAAGUGUUGGAGAGGAAGAUUUCGAUGAGGAAGCCCCGAGAGGAGCUGAUAGAGCGAGGGUUACUGAAGGACGUCCCAGAGAAUGAGAGUAAUGAUGUGAAUCACAAAGCUCCUCCGGUGAAGAACGGCCACACAGUGCCUGGAGAGCGCAGGUCAGACACAGGGUCAGAGGUCAAGGCGCCAUCUUCACGGCCACAAGGAGAAGAACAGAGGAUCAGCCUCGCACCCGAACCGGAGCGCCGCAACCGAGCGCCCUCCGACGUCAGUCGCAACCGCCAGCCGCUGGACGUGGACGCUCGGACGCGGAUACCACCCGAAACAGAGCGACGCAGCCGACCCGAGUCAGACCUGGAGAGACCAGCGGGAUCUUUACAGAGAGAGAGACCGGGACAGGAGGAGGGACGGUAUCGGCGGGAGGAAAGAGACGAGAAAGCAGGCAGGGACCGAGAACGACGGGAUAGAAAAGAUGACAGGGAAGGAAGAGGAGACAGACGAGACAAGAGACCGGAUAAAGAAGACGGGUAUGGAAGAGGGGAGCGAGAUGAGCGUGAGAAAGAGAGGAGGAAUGACAGAGAAAGGCGGGACGAGAAAGACUGGAGAGAAAACAAGGACAGAAAACAGCCACGGGACAGGAAAGAGGAUCACGAAAGACGGGAUGAGCCCGAGAGAGUAGACGAGAGAGAGCGAAAGGAGCUGAACGAGAGGAGAGAAGACCGGGAAAGAAGAGAGGAACGGGAUCGACGCGAGGAGAGAGACAGGAGAGACAUCAGGAGGCCAGAACCCGUGAAACAGGUGUCUGAUGGGAAACUCUUCCGGCCUCAGUCAGAACAGGACAUGAGACCCGUUCUCCAGAAGAGCUCGUCUGACAUUGGACAGAAGGUCCGGCCGUUUUCAGAGAGCAUCCAGAGCAGCACACUGCCACGACACACGCCUGAAGAGGAGGAGUCCAGGACACGCACAGGAUCAGUGGGUGUGCGGUUUGUUCCUGAGCCCAAACCUGCAUCAAGUGCCUCCUCUAAAGACUUCCAGCCGCCCCCUAAACAGGCCAUUCUUCCUCCCAAAUGGCUGAUGGGUUCUUCCUCCUCCUCCACUGAGACUGCUCCAGUCCCAUCCUCCUCCUCCUCUUCAUCAUCAUCGUCGACUUCAUCAUCCUCUGCUCCCCCCAUUGCUAAGCCUCCUCCUCGGACUGUGUCUUUAAAUGUAGACGACUCCUCCCGAAGUAAUCCCACUCCUUCCGUUACAGCAGGAGACCGUGAAGCUCCGCCCACUGUUUCUGGUCACUCAACUCCGCCCACUGUCCCCGCCCACUCUACCCCUCCCACUGUCCCCGCCCACUCUGCUCCGCCCACUGUUUCUGCCCACUCCAACCCUCCUGCCUCUACUGCCCCGAAACAGCCGCCCGUGCCCCCUCCCAAACCCUCCCAUCACAACAGCAACACUGCACUGCAAGCUUCAACGUUACAAAGAUCUUACCAAGCUCCGCCUCCUCAGUACUGGACGAGCUGGAGACGGCAGGCAGAGUCUGGAGUCUAUCUCUCCCUGCCCACCUACCUCAGCCCGAGGGGCGCUCAGCUCCGCCCAGUGGAUCCCUCCCAAGUCCCAGUCUCAGUCAAGCGAUCUCCUCCCGUUCCCCCAAAGAGGGUGACUCCUGUGACCAAGCGCCUCUCAGACGACUCUUCGGCCAAUCAGCCUGAGCCUCCGCCCCCAGGCCCCGCCUCCAAUCCGGUCCCGUCCCCAGCUUCGGCCCCGCCCCCUGGCCAAUCAGACAACUCCGAAGCACUCUCCCCUCCACCAACCCAUAUACCUCCAUCCCCUCCCCGUGCCCACCAGCCUGAGGUCCCACACGUGGACCCCCCCAGCCCCACCACAGAGCCACCCUCGGAGCCGCCCUUACCUCUGCACAUACGCAUCCAGAGAGCCUUGAACAGUCCUGGCCCCAUCCAGCCCAACCCGGAGGGAUCCAAGCGAGCUCAUUCGCUUCUGUUUGAGUCACCCCCGGACUUUCUGGCUGAGGCCCAAGGAGAGAGGCGAAACUCUCUUCCUGUCACUAUCGAACCUCUGCGACUGCCUGAGGAUGAUGAUUUUGACAUUGAAGAAGAGCUGCAGAAGCUGCGCCCCGCCCCUCGGCCCACUCUUCAGCUGGAGCCGCGCAGCCGGAGGGGUCUGGUGGGAGACCCUCGGGUCACCGUCAUCCCUGAGGACACGGGGCACGGAGACAGCGUCGACGAGGAGAACGAAGAGAGCGAUUCUGAUGGACCCGUCAAUUACAGAGAGGACGAUGAUGACGACGAUGAGGAGGAUGUUCCCAAGGGUGGGCUGGCGAGCCGUGUGAAGCGUAAGGACACUCUGGCUCUGAAGCUGGAGCGUCAGCAGGAGAAAGAGAAAGAGCAGUCUCAGGACCAGGAGAACAUCACCUGGGACAACAAAGAGCAGUGGGAGUCUGUCCGCAACAAGAUCGGCAGCGCCCUCAAUAGGAGGCUGAGUCAGAGACCCACCGCGCAAGAGCUUGAGCAGAGAAACAUCCUUCUGGCCAAGGAUGAAGCGGAUCGACGCGCAGAAAGAAGUGAAAUCAAGCGCAGACUGACCAGAAAGCUGUCCCAGAGGCCUACGGUGGCUGAGCUGCAGGCCAGAAAGAUCCUGCGCUUUCAUGAGUAUGUGGAGUGCACUCACGCUCAAGACUACGACCGGCGCGCUGACAAACCCUGGACCAAACUCACACCUUCUGACAAGGCGGCCAUAAGAAAAGAGCUGAAUGACUUUAAGAGCUCAGAAAUGGAAGUACAUGAGGACAGCAGGAUAUACACCAGGUUUCAUCGGCCAUAAUCGGCGUCUCUAAAGAGGAAGCCCCAGAUGGAUAAAAGCUGCAUCUAGAAGCCUCCAUCUCACUCCAGCAUCCAGUUUCCCAUGAUCCUCCAGCCUGUACUGACGAGUGUCGGACCAGCCGCUGAGUGCUCUGCACUCAAGUGGAGGAGGAGGAAGUGAUGCGGGUGUGUGUGGGAUGCUGGUACGUCUGGGGAGCGGGUUUGAGGGCCAGUGCACUGUAGAGUUCCCAUGAUUCCCACAGCGUGGACUGGGGUGUUUUAAUCAUCUUUAUGGUACACACGUUUCUGUGAUCAAGAAUGUGCUUGUGUACCCAACAAUAAUACUUUUAUGGAAAUUAUGACACUGGAGAUAAACUGUUUUAGUGUUGAGCGAGAGUGAGGGAGUGAUGAUAUUUGCUGUCUUCUUAUGCCUUUACACUGUUAAAUGAUUUUUUUAGCCUGACCUUCGAGUAAUACAGAAGAAAGUCAUGUAACACUGUUUCUCACGCUGAACACACACUGACUGGUGUGUGGAUCUGAAAGCACAUCUUUGUAAUUCUCAGGACGUCGGCACGCGGUCUCACUUUCUCUUUAUGUGCAUUUUACUGAAAUGUACCAUACUUUGACUUUUCCACACAGAUAAAACACCAGCUUUAAUAUGAAUCAUAUUUUUUAACAACAUAGCACUUCACUUUAGAUAUUUGUGAAUCCCACAAGAACACACCAUAUUUUACCCAAAAAUCAUAAGAAUUCACUAGAUUCUAUUUUUAGAUAUUACUAGAUAUUAUUUGCAUAAUUUAAGCACAUUUUUCCCCUAAAUUAUUCUUAAUAUAGUGUUGAACAUCUUACUUUUUGAGUUGUUGUAUUUUUUGUUUUUUUCUGUGUGUGCUUUUUCUCAUGUGCAUUGUUGUCAACUGUAAUUCUUGUUACUGUAAUAGAUUUUAUAUUUUAUUACAGUAAAAUACUGUAAUUUUUUUUCGUAUUUAAAAGCAAUAUAUAUAUAAAUAUGAAAAAAAAAAACUGUCUUUCACAUAUUACCAUAAUGAGAAUGCAUUUUUUUUUCUUUCUUUUUUUUCACAAUGCCAAACAUUCUAAUGAUCCUAAAGCUUAAUUUUCCUUAAGCAAAACUUUUUGUUUUGGGAUGAAAUAUGCACUUGACAGCUUUCGUGAGAUUCAGCUGUAAAUGAUGAUAUAGUGCACUGUACAUUGAACAAUUUAAUAGAAAAUGGUUGAUGUUACAUCAUGGAGUCAUUGUAAAAAUCCUGGUGCAUUAUUGAAUGGUACUUUUUCACAUCACUGCUGGUUUUACGGUCCACUUUAUUUUGUCUGGCACCAGAGGGCCUGCACUGUAUAGAGACAUGCUGUAGAUUCUAUUGUAUAUCUCGUCUUCCUGACAUCAGAAAUGUGUUUUAAUUGUAAUUUAUAGUAUUACACUAUACUGUUUUUUAAGGUGCAAACAGAAUGACUACAGGUUAAGUGAUGCAAUUAUCCGGUACAAAACAGCUGUAAAGAUAUAUUAAAAAGGUAUUUCAAUUAAUACAUGUACAUGCACAAUGAAUUAAAACUAAACUGUGACCAUC